AUUAUAUCAGGUUUCAUACAAGUACAAUGUUUUCUAAUACGAAAGACCAUACUUUGGUUGCAAAAAUAGGAAUGAUAAAUUUAAAAACUGUAAUACAAUUAUUGAAAGCUAUCAAUUUUAAAGAGACAGCUAUUUGCCUCGCUAGUGAAAAAGGGUUAAAAUUUACCGUUGAAGAUGCAAAAUGUAUGCAGGCUAGUGCAUAUAUUCCAUCUGUAAUUUUUGAUGAAUUUGAAUUGAAGGAGGAUGUGAUUUUUUCAAUCAAUUUAAACAUAUUGGUAGGAUGUCUCCGUGUGUUCUGGCCUGCUUCGCAAGAAGAUUCUGUUGCAGUACAGAUAUUUUACAAAGGUAUAGGUUAUCCUGUAAGUGUUAUUAUUGAAGAAGACGGUCUUAUAACAGAUUGCUCUCUGAAAACUCUAGAAGUAGAUACAUUAUUAGACUUUCAUCUUGAGUCGGAAAACGUUGUGAAUAAAGUAGUAUUGAAAACGGAAUUAUUGAAGGAUAUCAUAGGCGAGUUGGAUCAAACUAGCGAUUUAGUCAAGUUGUGUUUAUCACCAGAAGAACCUUUCUUUAGGAUUAGUACAAACGGCCUACGUGGCAUUUGCCACAUCACUUUACCUCACGAUAGCAAUUUGAUAGACACUUUUCAAUGUACCUCAACGGGGACAUCCAGUUUCAAAUUCGCACAUAUUAAACCAGCAAUGAAAGCAUUAUCGUGUGCUAAUCAGGUUUCUUUAAGAACUGAUAGUACCGGACUAUUGUGCUUUCAAUAUAUGGUUAAAGCCGACAACGAACACACCUGUUACAUGGAAUAUUAUAUCUCUCCAUUAAUAGAUAUGGAUGAUUAGAUAGGAUAUAGAUGGCAAAUAGCUAAACAGUGAUAAUAUAGACAGUAAGACUAAGUUAUUGAGUUAUUAAGAGUUCUUAUGAAAUCAGAAUCAAGAUCCAGCAGGUAUCUAUUAAAAUUGUAUUAAUAAUGAAUAAUUAUAUAAAUAUAUUUUAUAUUUUUUUUCA